AUGUCUUUGGUUAAGCCUCUAAGACUGUUACUGUUAGGAGCACCAGGCUCUGGUAAAGGUACUCAAACUUCAAGACUACUGAAGAAGAUACCUCAAUUGCAUUCCAUAUCAUCGGGCGAUCUUCUACGCCAAGAGGUUAAGAAUAAAAGUGAAAUCGGAUCGAUUGCAUCCAGUUACAUCUCUCAAGGUAAACUGCUACCAGAUGAUUUGAUGGCAAAACUAGUUGUUACAAACUUGAAGCAAUCAGGAUGGUUAUCACCAGAUGCAACCUGGUUGUUAGAUGGAUUCCCCAGAACCUCUAUUCAAGCUGAAAUCUUGAAUAACGAUUUACAGAAUUACAAGGCUGAAUUAAACUUGGUGGUGGAAUUAGACGUUCCAGAGAGUGUUAUCCUCGAGAGAAUCGAAAACAGGUUCGUUCAUGUGCCCAGUGGCAGAGUCUAUAAUUUACAGUACAACCCACCCAAGGUUCCGGGAAAAGAUGAUGUUACCGGUGAAUCCCUAACAAAGAGAUCUGAUGAUACUGCUGAAGUGUUUGGUAAACGCCUACAACAGUACAAAUCGACUCUUGCACCAUUGAAAGAAUACUACGCAAAUAAAGGUAUUUUGGAAACUGUCUCUGGUGAAACCUCAGAUAUAAUCUUCCCCAAACUUUACGAUUUGGUUAAACGUAAGUUUGGAGCUCAUUAG